AUGACAACCAAUCGAUAUUAAUUGCUCAUUUAUGAUGAUGAAUUCGUGCAGUUAUAUAUUUCUAUUAUCAUAUUAGAAACCCCAUUUAAGAUGAAUCCUCCCUUGAAUAUCUCAUGACUAUUUGUUUAUAACAAUCUACUGCCAAUUAGAACAAGAAACCAUCUUAUUAGAAAUAAACCUUCACUAAAGAUGAAGACAAAGAUAUUCUAAAGUAUGUAAUACAAUAUGGACCAAAUUUUAAUAAGAUUGUUAAAUAUUUCCCUGGCAAAACUAUGAAUAUGAUCAAGAAUCGUUAUUAUAAGAAACUUCGAUAUCUUAAAUCAGAAUUGGAAGUAGAUAAUGAAUUCGAUUCUAUUAGCAAUAAUUCUAAAAUUAAAAAAAGUCAUUGA